CAGUUGUCAGUUGUAACCUGGCUGAGUAUUGAGAAGGUCGCCGAUGUAGACCAUUCUUACGGACUGAAAAGGAAGCUCUCGUGUUUUUAUCAUGUGUGCAACUUGCAACACACUGGCGGACCUUGACAGCUCUCGCUAAAUUGUGUCAAUUUUGUAAAAAGUGUUCUUUUUUUGUGCUCCAAAGUCGUAAUUUAGGUACUGAAGUGUUGAUUUUUUACUUUAAUAAGAGCUGAAAAGUUACAAAUAUACCGAGUGGAACAAAGUGCAAUAAAAAAAUAUUUUAAAACAUCAAAAUGAGUGGAAAAUAAUAGUGAAUAACUACAGUGCAGUGAGGAAUAAAUAACUGUGUGAAAAUCCAAAAAGUUUCAUAUUUUUGGGAUAAACUUUCUACCGACCAAAAUGGUACACAAUUGGAAUAUUAUAAAGAUCCGUUCAGACCGUCUUCUGAGGAUAUUCGCCCGCCGUAAGACGGACGACGAGGACCUGACCAGUGGAGAGGCCAAACCUCAAUUGGCCAGGGUGUUGGGACUGGUCGACCUGACUGCCCUGGGGGUUGGUUCCACACUGGGCGUGGGCGUGUAUGUGCUUGCCGGGGCUGUGGCCAGGAAUGACAGUGGACCUGCCGUCACGAUUGCCUUCCUUGUCGCUGCCAUCGCUUCUGCAUUCGCUGGUGUUUGUUAUGCCGAGUUCGCAGCUAGAGUCCCGAAAGCAGGGUCUGCCUAUAUCUAUAGUUAUGUGAGUGUGGGGGAAUUAGCAGCCUUCAUUAUAGGAUGGAACCUCAUCCUUGAAUAUGUCAUAGGCACUGCCAGCGUAGCGAGAGGCCUGAGUAAUUAUGUAGAUAGUAUGUUGCAUUACACCAUGAAGAAUGCUCUAAUCGAGGCAUUCCCUAUCAACGUCAGUUUCCUAUCACCUUAUCCGGACUUCUUAUCCUGUGGACUUGUUCUUAUAAUGUCAUUGGUUCUGGCGUGGGGAGUGAAAGAAUCAACAAGGUUAAAUAAUGCUUUUACUGGAGUGAAUUUAUUAACAGUUGCUACAGUUAUUGUGUGCGGAUGUUGGAAAGCCGACGUGAACAACUGGCUGAUAAAGAAGGAGAAUAUCCCAGCUAACGUGAAAGGAGGAGAGGGUGGAUUCAUGCCGUUUGGAAUACCAGGCAUCAUGGCAGGUGCUGCCAAAUGCUUCUAUGGAUUCGUGGGAUUUGAUUGUGUUGCCACCACUGGAGAGGAAGCCAAGAAUCCGCAACGAAAUAUCCCUUUAUCAAUUAUUGUGUCAUUGAUAAUCAUCUUUCUAGCGUAUGUUAAUUUAUCUUUUUAUUUGGUAAUUUUACUUUUAUUUUAGGAUCCUGACGCCCCCUUACCAUUUGUUUUUGGAGAAGUAGGUUUGCCGGUAGUUAAGAUUAUUGUGAAUAUCGGAGCCAUAUUUGCACUAUGCACAAGUAUGUUGGGAGCUAUGUUCCCUCUUCCCAGGGUUCUCUAUGCAAUGUCACAUGAUGGUCUGCUUUAUGAAUUCAUGUCCAGAAUUCAUCCAGUGACAAAGACGCCUGUUUUGGCAACACUGCUUUCUGGAGUAUUUGCAGGGAUUAUGGCAGCCAUCUUCAAUCUGGACCAGUUGAUUGAUAUGAUGUCAAUUGGCACAUUACUGGCCUAUACUAUAGUAGCAAUCUGCGUAUUGGUUCUGAGGUACCGUGACCCCAACCCAGUGAUGCAUGAAAGGCCGUUAAUGGACAUACAGAAUGGCAUGAAUGGUCAUAAACAAAAAAGCGACAACAAUGGGCAACAUCAAUCAGCUGUUCAACCUGACAAUGAUGAAGUAUCCGAACUCAGCUACUGAGCUAGUCGCUGCCUGGUCUAUUACGCUAUUGAUACUCUUCAUAGCUGGUACCUGCCUAUGCUUGAUUUAUUUGGAGGAAGCCUUAGCAUUGGGAGAGGCUUGGGCUCUGAUGGCAGUUGCUCUCAUUGUGGCACUUACCCUGGUUACCCUGUACAUACUUCAUAGGCAGCCUCAGAAUAAUACACCUUUAACAUUCAAGGUACCUGCAGUACCCCUUAUACCAGCUUUAAGCAUAUUCUUGAACUCUUAUCUGAUGCUUAAGCUAGAUCUGCACACGUGGAUGAGAUUCGGAAUCUGGUUAUUCAUUGGUAUGCUGAUUUAUGUUACUUACAGUAUACCAAACAGUGUGGAGGGUAUAAAAGACCGUAUCUCAGCUGCUGAAAGAAAACCUCCCAAAGUGCCUAAGAGACCUACCACUGAUGUCACAAAGUUUUGAAAAAAUUGAGAGAAAAAAAGUGAAAUCUUGAAAAAUCUGUUCAUAAAUCAACAAAUUUGUAAUAGAAUUUAAGAAUAAUGUGAUAAGUGUGGUACUACUGUGAAAAGAAAAUUGAAGGAAAACUGUUACAUUUUUGAGGGAACUUCAAUGAUUUCUUCAUAUAACUUGAAAAAUUUGUUGAUAAGUGUAAAUAUUAUACAUAAUAGUUAUUAAAUUGAACUAAACAUGAAUUUAAAUGAUAAGUAUAUAUUAAUUUAAUGAUAGUGUAAUAUCACUGUAUAUUAAGAAAACAUAUUUUAUAAACUAUUGAUAUACAGAAUGGGUGAAAAGUUCGAGAACGGCUUAAUAUCUCAUACACAAAGAUAAUAUGAGGGUGGGUGUGAUUGGGGAUCCUACUCAAAACGAAAAAACUACUUUAAAAUGACUUUAAAAAUCUGGUCCGCCAUCUUGGAUCCACC